AUGGACUCUGCCUCAGUCUACGACUCUCUCCCACUGGACCGAGCGCAAAAGGAAAUCCGGUUCAUUGAGAUACUCGAGACCUCUCCACAGCUUCGAUGCAGACUCAGCAAAGCAUCAUUGUUGCACGACACCGUAUUUUUUGCUCUGUCUUAUGUCUGGGGCGCUUCAAAGGAAUCUCAAGACAUCGUUGUCAAUGAUGUGACUUUUUCAGUUACAAAAAGUCUCGCUGACGCUCUCACCAAUGUUCGCGUCCACUGGGAAGAGUUCUUUUCGACACGAAGUCGAGAAGACAUCUUCUCGAAUCAAGACCGAGAAGAAUCCUUCCCGCAUAUAUGGGCAGACGCACUUUGUAUCAAUCAAGCCGACAAUGCAGAGAAAGGCUAUCAAGUACCUUUGAUGAAGGAUAUCUACUCUUCUGCCCAGAUCACAUUUUGCUCUUUGGACGCGAUAUCACUGAGAUCCAACAUUCCCGCAGCGAUUGACCUCAUUCGUGAGAUUGCUUCACGGCUCGACCAGAGACAUCCUGACAACGGACCAGAAACUGCUGCAGGCAUCCUGGAAAAUCUUCCAGCGCGACGAUUCUACAACAAAGCCGGACAUGAACGUUGGCAAGCGAAGAACCACCAACGCGAGGCCGAUCAAGUAAACAUCAUCAACGACUUCAGUGAACUGCAAUACUGGGAACGGGCAUGGAUAGUUCAAGAGCUUGUUGUGUCGAGACAAGUGGUGUUGUACUAUGAGAAAAGCUCAAUCAGCCUCGAACCAUUUGCGCGAGUCGUUCACUGGGUUUCGAACUUAGUCACCGAACUGCAUGCGCCAACAAGUCUUCCGCAAAGGGCUCUACCACAUGAACAAUUGAUGAUAGCGAACAGUCUGAACAAAUUCGGGACGAUAAACAAGAUACGCACCCUGCGAAAACUCUACCACUGCACCUGUCCGCAAGUCCACGAUAUGCGCUUGCUUUGGGUCGAAGGCGCUUCAUUCCGAGCUACGAACCCAAAGGAUCAUGUAUACGCGCUAUGCGGCAUCGCCAAUCUCGACAUACCACCGCGAUACGACGAGAGUGUAUCUGUUGCAGAAGUGUACAUUGAAUUCUGCGUGGAGCAGACGAAGAUCCCCAUCUUUGAACCGCUUAACUUCCUCACUUAUGCAGGGCUGGCAAAUGGAGACCCAGCAAAGUUCGACUUACCUACCUGGGUACCCAACUUUCCAGAUUGUGCAGAGGCAUUUGGGGUCCCUAUUCACAUUUCUUUGCCGCAUGUUCGGAAGGCAAAGAUAUGGAAAGACUGCAUUGGAAGCGUUGAGGAUAUCUCGAUUCGGGAUCGAAGUCUCCAUACAACAUUACUCCAUAUCGACUGCAUCUCAGAUAUCAGCCCAACUCUUAGUACAGACGAAGACAUACCUGGUUUUCUUCCUUAUCUCUACAAGAUGCUCAAUGAUGCAUUCGAAGCUACGGAAUCUCCUUAUCGUAAGGACUCUCAUCCCUUUCUCAAGUUGGCUAGUGCUUUCUACCACGCCAGGAUUCCCAACAAAGUAUGGAAUACAAUCGAACUGAUCAGAGUGGCGAGAAUUUUUCUCUACCUCCAUCUUUCAGUCCUCAUUUCCGAUGGAAAGAACAAUUACGAUGAGAGUUGUUGGGAGAGCUUUCCUAAAAACAUCUGCUGUGAUCUGGAACGUUAUCUGGAAGUGGGCGACUUGGAAGAUGAGCCAUAUUUCAGAUUCUUCGUGAGAAUCAUGAGUGACAAGUCUUUUGACGGUCUCGAUUGGCCACGCAAUGCUUUUGGUGAUAUCAAUCAUUUUUCGAGGGGUGUUCGUGUGGCACGUACAUUGGGGAAUGAGUUUGCACUAGUUCCUCCGCAAGCAGAAGUAGGGGAUGAUAUAGUGUUACUUACUGGCUGCUAUAGCCUCCCUCUGAUCAGAAAGGUGGAAGAGCAUUGCAUUUAUGUUGGACGAGUUGGGUUUUCCGAAGAGGUUGUUGAGAAGAAACUUGCCGAGUAUAAGGAUGGCCGGGCAAAAUUGGAAUGUGUAGAACUUCGAUAA